AUGCCGGGAGUUAUCGUUCUCGGUUCGAGAGGUUGCGGGCGCGGCUCGCGGCCUGUUUGGGUCUGGUGGUGCGGCCGUCCCGCCUCCGCUUGGGCCGUCUUCCAGAGGCCGGGAAGCUCCGCGUUACCUCCUGCGGGCGGCGGUUGGAGCCAGCGCCGGGCCCCCUCUGGGUGCGGAGCUGCUCGGAGCCGGCCGGGGCUGCGCGUGAGCCCCGGGGAGACGCGGCGCAGCGGACCGACCUUGCUCUCCCUUGAUAGGAAAACUAAGAAGGAAAGAAUGGCUGUGGAUUUGUUGCCUGCUCAAGUUACAGAGUCAGUGACAUUCAGGGAUAUAGCUGUGCUCUUCAGCCGGGACGAGUGGCUGCACCUGGACUCUGCGCAGAGGACCUUGUACCGGGAGGUGAUGCUGGAGAACUACAGCGCCCUGGUCUCGCUGGGGAUUCCAUUUUCAACACCAAAGGUGAUCUGCCGGUUGCAACAAGGAGAAGAUCCCUGCAUGGUGGAGAGAGAAGUACCCCAAGACAGCUGUCGAGAGGAUGGAGGAACAAGUUGAAGUACACAAUGAGGAAAUAGACAAACCAGAAUUUGAGACACCUCAAGACAACUGGUUUGGACUUUUCAAAAAACCAUUGUAAUAAAAAAGUGGACUCUUCUGAAUCAAGACAUUUGAGACAUAACCAAAUGUAAUAUGUGAUCCUUAUGGCUUCUAAUUCAAGAAAAUUAACUAUAAAAGACAUUUGGGGGGUAUCCAGGGGAAAUAUGAGUAUGGAAUGGGUAUUAGAUAACGUAUGUUUAAUUUUUUUAGAAGUGAUAAUGUUUAUUGAAGUAUCUAGGAUGAUGCCCUUAUUGGAAGAUGCAUGCGAAGUUUUCAAGUUUGGAAAUCCUUGAUGUCUGCAGCAUAUUUUCAAAUAAGUGUGUAAAAAAUUAGUCAACUGUCAAUUAGUUGUGGAUUAGUCAAUCUUGGUGGAUAUAGAGAUGUUCGUUGGUCUUCUUUAAGCUUCUCUGUAUGUUUACAAGUUUAAUAAAGAAUUCAGGCAAAAAGUGAUUGUAUAAUGUGAUGAC